AUGAACACUCCNCAAAAUGCCUCGCCCUCGCUGCACGACCCGGGCGAGAGCUUGGAUGCCAUCAACACUCCGGCCUCAUCCUCUGCCCCCGCCUCGGUCUCUGUUCCUCCUUCGACCACCCGGGGCAGGGCCCCCAGUGCCGCCUCGCGCGCUCCGUCUUCGCGCGCACACACGCCCGCUGCCCAAUCCGAGUCUGUCGAGCGGAAAUCUUCUGUCUCCUACGGUCACCACCGCCAGACGUCCAUUGUCCACGGCUACCAGCACUCGCGCAACCCGAGCCAUGUCUCCUCUACAGCUGCCAGCCCCAUCAGUCCAGGCAUCAUCCUGGCCCAAGCACCAAAGGAUGGCCCGACUUUGCGCCAAAGCCCUUCAUCCUCGACAUUGAAUGCUCCUGCCGACCAGGUCCCUCUACGCCGUCUCGAACGCAUGCACAGCGGCCGUAUCAAGCGUGAACACGAGCCCCAUCUACACCAUCACCACCACCACAAUCACCGCCAUCACCGCUCGCGGUCGCGCCAACACCAUCAGCAAGAACCCACCACCGUGGGAGAAUAUGCCCUGCAUCACUUGUUGAACGAGUUCAUCAGUGAAGCCAACGACAAGAUCCAUCGUUGUGUCUCUGAGCGGGAUGAUGCUCUGAUUAGAGUUGAAGCAAUUUGCGGCCCUGGCGCAGACCAUGCCUUUGACCAGCUGAUAAAGGCUCUCGGCCACAUCGUGCGCCCGCGCCCAAAGCCUCUGAUAGACGCCCUCAUGAUCUGGCGCAAGUCCAAGAGUGAUGAAAUGACCCCGAUCCAUACUCAGUUGCAGGCUGCCCGUGCACAAGCGGCCAAUGGUUCUGCCACUGCUCGUCGUGCUGAUUUAUCUCAAGUCAGCACAAACAGCAGUUCUGCCUCGCUGCCUUCUCAUACCGACCCCGCUACCAUUGUUACUCUCGAGCAGAACCUCCGCCAAGGCGAACGGCGCUCAGCCAUUUCUGUGUAUAUCCUUUGUCGUGUACUCAUGCAAGUCAUCUCCCAGUGUACGCUGGCUGCCUUGACCAAUGACAUUGCUGAGAGGCUUGAGGAUGUCAUCUAUGGCCAGUUACGUAACUUUGACUCUGAGGCUCUUGCGUAUUCGGCUCUCAAACAAUCACAAUGGAACAUGUUCGGUCAGUUGUUGGGUGUCAUGGGUAAUUUGCGCUUUGACAAGGUUGCCGAUCGAUACGUCUCGGAUCUGGAAGCUGCGCAGAGACGCUUAUCCGUCAAAGGUAAUGCUGAUAGAGAGCUCGAGAAUCGUACGGCACUGCUUGUGCAUAGCAUGCGUUGGCUCAAGAUACAGGUGCAGCCCGAACCCGCGUGGGAUAAGUCCUGCGACCUGCUUAAUCUUCUGGCAGGCUUCUUUGCAGGUGUGCACGGUAAACCGGUCAAGUAUGCAUAUUGCCAGCUGUUCGAAGAUCUGCUGCUGCCAGUCGCAAGUAAGGCCACCACUGAACUCAAUUCACCCAAGUGGAGGCAGGUCUUGGAUAUUCUCAAAGUCAAACUAAAUCAGCUCCUCGCAAAGCCCAAGCACUGGGCUCAAGCAUUUCCUAUAUUUGCUGUGACUAUCUGCGUAUCGCCCAAUGAUGUAUUCCAACAACAAUGGCUCUCGACUGCCCUUCAUCAACUACAACCAAAGCUGAAGGAACGCACCACUCGGGGUCAUGCUCUUAAAGCACUGUGCCGCUUGGUUUGGGUUUACCUCUACAGAGCUCCCGAAGCCCAGCUCACAACAUACAAGAAACUCGACGACAUAAUCCGGAUGGUCUUUAUGACGGGCAAGAAGUCACUGCUUUCUACCGAACCCUCCAUUGCCGACCCUUUGAUACAGCUGAUUCGUAUUAUCGGAUUCAAGCACCAGGAUCUCUGCUUUCGAUCCAUUAUAUUUCCUCUGAUGAACGCCGAUGUCAUAAUUACCGGAAGAGACCGCCGGAUCGAGAACCUCGACCCCGAGAAGAUGGUCAUUGCAAUCCGUGCCUUUCUUGCAAUCAUGUCCGAUCUGGAGAAAGGUGAUCAGCCACCAUUCCCUGUCAGUUUCGAGUGCGAUGCCCUCACCGAUCCAUUCUCGAGGUCGCCCAAUUCUCACAGGCGUUCUCUGUCUCAGACUCAAGCUCCUGUAAAUGGAGCCAAAGUUGAACGACUGUCCAAGCCCGUCAUGACAGCUGGCUUUGGAGAUGUCGCAAAGGAGUCAUACGUCAAAUUUUGUAAGAUCCUGGGUGAGAUUACCAUCAUCUGCGAUGAGACCUUUGGCGGACAGAAAGUUCUUGACGAGAAGUUCUCUGCCCAAACUAUACCUAAGACACCAAUGGCAGAUGCCUUCAGUUUCAGUCGGAGAGACGAAUUGUUCAACUCCCCUGAGGUUCGGCAGAACUUCUACGAUCUCCUCCAUGUCGCAGUCCAAGCACUUCCUCGGUGCCUAUCUCCUCAAAUUCCUUUGAAGAACCUUAUCAAUCUGCUAUGUACAGGAACUGCUCAUGUACAAAACCAUAUCGCCUCGUCAUCCGCGCAAUCUCUUAAAUCUAUUGCGCGUCAAUCUCAUGCUCAACUGGUAACGAUCGGAUUUGCUCGCUUUAUAUUCAACUUCGACGACCGCUACGCCACUGUCUCUGCUGGUAGUCUUUUAGGACACGGUCAUAUAGAAAGCACUUUGCGCCUCUACGUCGAACUAUUAGAGAUAUGGAUUGAGGAGCUCAAAUCACAGCCCCAGAUGGCAACACCAGAUCUUCAUGAUGACGAGUAUGCUCGCGGCAUGCAUUCUGAUCUGAAUCGUUCAAGGGUAUUUGCUCACGUGGACGAAAUCGAAUCGCAUGGUUUGUUCUUNUUGUGCUCGCCGUCGCGCCACGUUCGAGCAUAUGCUGUCAGAGUCCUUAGCCUUGUCACCAAGUUUGAUACUGCUCUGGGACAGCCUUCUACACGUAUCAUCAGUGUUCUUGAAGGCAGUUCACAGCAAGUCAUCGACGUGAAUGAUGAAAAGCUCUCUUUAGCUGAGCGCAGCCGUUUGCAGAAGGGUCUCAGGAAAAGCAACAUGAACAACACUCUCGUCGAACUUUGCAGCAGUGAAACUGUUCACGACCUGGCUCUCUGGUCGAAAGCUUUCCCCAACCUGAUACGUUUAAGCUCGCAGAUUUGUCCUCAAGCUGUACUCUUGACAAGGGACAUAGUCUGUGCACGCCUCUCACAUGCUCAUAGAAUCAUCAGCACUCUGGCCGAAGGUCCCAGAGCCAACACAUACGCCGCCUUAGAAACCGCUUUUUCACAACGAAUGGUGGGAAGAACCGCUUUCAGUCCCCCCGAGGUUACGAUUGAACAGUGGAAGCUACACCUGAUCUUUGCAUGCACAACUCUCACCGACACUGGUGGCUCGCAACAACCUCCUGUUCCGAGAGAAAGUUUCCAACAUUCGCGCAAAGGCUCCAAGGCUUCUUCAAUCAGCCAAGAGAAGAUCGGAUCUGCUCAUGAAUUGUUCGCGAGAGUCGUUCCGUUUCUGUCUGCAAUACAUCCAGGAGUCCGGGAGGCAGCUGUCCAUGGGCUGGGCGCGAUCAACACCAAUCUUUUCCGACCCUUGCUAGAAGCCCUUCAGCCAUCGGUAUCCAUUUGUAGCGAAGAUGCUAAACAAUGGCUUAUGAUACACCAAAGAUCUGUGAACAGCCCUCGGAGAAGUAGGCGGAGUGAUUCUUUGCGUACCGAGCUCACUCAUCUCUACCAGCUUACAUCUCAUUGUCUGUUCGAGAAUGAGGUGUACAAUGACGAAUGGAUACUGCAAAAUCUCGUUAGUUUCACCAAGGAUCUUCGAAUCUUUCUCAACGACGAAGAUGUACAAAACCAGUGGGACUUCCAGAAGUUGCGCACCUACUACUGUGGGCUCGUCGAGGUGUUGUAUGAAGGUAUUCACAAGACCAAGGAUCCCAUACGUUGGAUGCCGUUUCACGCACGAAAAGCUGCUUUCUCCAUGAUGGAGGACUGGUGCGGAUUUUCUCCAAACCAGACACAAAUAAGGCANAAAGAGAACCAUAUGAGGAAAUCAAUCUUGGACCAAGAACAGGAUUCUCGCAAUCGCGGAAACGUUACGGCAAAGCUGGAGAUCGAGAAGAAAGACCUGCGAACAGCAGCCCUUAGCGCUAUGGCAUCACUCUGUGCAGGACCGGUCAUGGUCUCUACCGAUGGCCAGAUCACUAUGCAGUUUGAUGUUCGUCGCAUGCUCAAAUGGAUAGAUGCCAUUUUCGAUUCAGCCAGUGAUAGGACGCAUGCGACCGGCCGUCGGGCACUGAAGAAUUUGUUACUUCACAACAGUGAGCACAGUUUUCUGCUGUCUCACUCGAUCGAAGAGUGCUAUCAUGCCAAAAACCCAAAAGCGCUGUUCAGCUACUUCACGGUUGCCACCCAAGUCUUGACAGACGCUGUUGAUGACAAAAUACCNUUUUGGAAGAUCCUGAGCGCUGCCUUGUACACCCUCGGAAACGAAAACAGCGAGAUUCGCAUGAAGUCUGCCCGUCUAUUGAGAACUCUCGAGGAGCGUCUGGGCAAGAAUUCUAAAUUACAGGAUCUGGAUAUCAGUAUCUCUGACAAGACGACUGCAGUCUACAAACUCGCCCAGUUUGAGAUCUCUCGAAGGCUAGCAAAGCAACAUGCAGACAUGGCAUUCCACGUCUUCUCGGAGUUUACCAGAUAUUUUGGAGGACUCGUACCUGACCAUCAACGCAAUAUGGUCGCAGCCAUGCUGCCUUGGAUACAGACUGUCGAACUGCAAUUACUCCCGAGUGGGGGACCUACCGCCAGUUCAUACAUGUUGAUGGUCAAUCUCUUUGAGAUCACGGCGCGAAGUAGCAGUGUCUUACAUAACGAGAUACAAGCACUUUGGCAGGCUCUUGCUACCGGUCCAUACGGAGGAAAUGUGCAGGUGGUCCUCGACUUCAUCAUCGCGAUAUGCCUAGACCGUAGAGAACAGAACUUUGUCGACUACGCCAAACAAAUCGUAGUCUUCCUCUCUACGACAGCAGCUGGUUUGAAGGUCAUUGAGUUCCUCUUACUACAAAUCACUCCUAAAGCCAUGAUCGCCGAGAAGCGUCCACCACCAUCAAUACCUCAAGACCCUACAAAUCUACCAUAUAUUGCAGAUCUCGCGCAAGUUUUGCCUAUCGGCAACCGACAAUCCGGGUUGUCCCUUGGCCAACUGGCAUUGAUGCUCCUUGUUGACCUUGUAGUUUCUCCCGUACAGCUCCCGAAGAACAAGAUACCUCUUCUGCUACAAGUGGUUGUUGUUCAAUGGGAUCACUACACUCCGUUGGUACAAGACCAGGCUAGGGAGAUGUUGGUACAUAUGAUCCACGAGCUGGUCAUCUCAAAGAUUGGCCCAGAGCACACAGGACCAAGCAAGCAAGGCAUAGAGGACUUGAUUGAAUCAAUCAGACAACACGACCCCAAAGUUGUGUGGUCUUAUGAGGAAACUGACAACAAGGGUCUUGACAGCAAUUCCAAUGGCGUUCCCGAACCUAUGGUUUUUGUCAUUGAGGAAGUAGUCAGGGUAUUGAGCUUCUCGUAUGACGAUAUAAGAACUAGUGACAACAUACGCAGGGACUGGGCAAGGAUGAGUCUGGUCUGGGCAACGACUUGCGCAGUGCGUCACGUAGCAUGUCGCUCAUUCCAGAUCUUCCGCUGCAUCAUUGACUCGCUCGACAGGCAGAUGAUGGCAGACAUGCUCGCUCGUCUGACAAACACAAUCGCGGACGACGAGAACGACUGUCUGACUUUCUCACAAGAGAUCCUGAUCACCCUAAGGACCAUCAUCAGCGCUCUUGAACCCGAAGACUUGAUCCAAUACCCUCAAUUGUUUUGGACCACGAGUGCAUGUCUGGAUACCAUCUUCGAGCAAGAGUUUCAAGCGAGUCUUUCGAUGUUGGAUCGACUGCUGGACAAGCUCGAUCUCAGUGAUCCUGCUGUCAUCAAACUUUUCAACGAAAACAAACCUGCCAAAUGGGAUGGUGAGUUCGAAGGUCUUCAGCCGUUGGUUUACAAGGGGUUGAGGUCGAAUGCCUGUCUCGAUCGGUCUUUGGAGAUGCUCGAAAGGAUGAUCAAGCUACCCUCCAGCAGUCUUAUUGGUGGUGACAACCGUCUGCUCUUCACGCUGCUAGCAAACCUGCCCCGUUAUCUCCACUGCUUCGAGGAUGACAGCAACCAACAAACAUGCUUUGAGUCCGCAGACUCUCUUGCUGGUGUAGCCGAAGCCCAGCAACUACCCGAUCUGGCUCACGCAUUGGAUGGCUUUGCGAACCAAAGAUAUCGCAAUGCGAACGACUUCUUGACCCAAGUUGUUGCUGCAGCAAGAGCCGCCUGGUUCCCCACCAUGGAGUAUCAGAGCUUGAUCUUCCUGAUUGGCCUGCUCAACAACCACACCCCGUGGUUCCGAGUCACGGUGAUGCAGCUGCUGUGUGUCCUCAUUCCACAGAUUGAUAUGAGGAGGCCCGAGAUCGUCUCUCAGGGCCCUGAUCUGAUCUCUCCUCUGCUGCGUUUGUUGCAGACCAGCUACUGCCAACAAGCUCUUGAUGUGCUGGACAAUAUCAUGUCUGUCACCGGUACGCCUCUUGACAACAAGCAUCUGCGCAUGAGCAUGGCAGGAUCACACUCGACGCGCGCAACACGCAAGGAGUAUGACAGCACCAAGAGUCUCUACGGCAUUCCCGAGGAGUCUGGCUGGUCAAUACCGAUGCCAGCCAUCCAGGCCGAAAGGGCGAGGAAGAACGUCAUGGCUGUGUACUACACUUGUCUAGAUACCGCCCUUGCGGACGGCACAGAGAUCACCAGCACACCCGACGUCGCGUUUGCUACUGAAGACCAAUAUGGAUCCUAUUUCGAUCAACGCUCGGCGACGGCAAUGUCGGAUUCGAUACGCGCGGAUGGCAGCAUGAGCGAGCUGGUGUUGAAACUAGACAGCCUCGAUGACUUCUUCGACGAUCGGAAAUCUACUACCCCUAGAGAACCAUCUCGAGGGUCAAUCGAGAACCGUGAGAACGUCUACGAGCAGCAAACCCUUCCCAUCUUGCACAAAUCGCUCAAACGUAACGCCUCGAUCACGUCCUUCCAGAACGGAUUUUCCGAUACAAGGUUUGGUCUGGCCCGUGAACCAGUUGUUAUGAAUCCUGGCGCAUUUGCUUCCAACCCUGCUGCAGCUGCGACGAGGCCCGCUCUUCAUGCAAGAUCAGUGACCUCACCAAUGGCUGCCAUGCACCAUAUGCCUCGAGUGAUAACAGAUUUGCAAUCCGAAGAGGACACUGGCGAUGAGCCGUUCUCUGACGAUGACCUCUCCAUAUCGCGCAUGACAACUUCCGACGACGCUUUGUCAGUGCACAGUAGCAAUUCACGGGCUCCGUCUGCGGUAGGGCUACGGGCAGGAUUCCGAUCUGGAAUGAGAAGACUCACUGGAGGGACCACUGACCGCAAGGAUGUUAAGGGUUUGGUACGCUUGAGUCCACAAGUACCACGCGUUCCUACUGUCUGGUUGAGCAAUCCAAAGAGCUCAGAUCUUUAG